UGAAGGGGCGGCGGGGUUUCCAGGUGACGUCGAAGGGGAUGCACACGCCCCAGUCGUUUCCGGGGAGGGCGGCUGCUGUGGUCACUCAGGAAGGGGCCUUGCCCCGUGAUGGACAGGCGGCCCGCGGGGGUCCAGCGCCGCAGUGACCUGCAGGCUGCCGGGGCGGACCACUGUCUCACUGGCUGGACCUGCCGGGAGAGCCCCCCACGGCAAUGGCGGGAAAGUGGAAUCUAAGGAAACCCGCUGCUGGGAAUUCCGAAGGGACACAGCGAGCAGCAGCUGCGUCAUGGGUUCUACUCCCGAAUUCCCGCCGCCACUGUCUGGACCGCACAUGCCUUCUCCCCCCCCCGGCGGGUGCUGUGUGUGGGAACGGGGCUUGAGACGGGGGUCAGAGGCCAGGCUGUGGGCCCCUGGCCUCUCCCAGGCGGUCCCCGGAGCCCUUGGUUCCCAUGGGAGAGCCAGGUACUGCAUGUGAAGGCGCCCUCCACUGCCUGAGCAGGGCCGCGUCGAUGUCAGGGCGCCCAGGCACCUUCGGGGAGGCGGCCCGGGCACGGGGCAUUGAGCCCAGCUGAACCAUCCGGGCGGCCCUAGCUGCCGUGGCCCUGGAGGCCCAGCGGUUGGGGUGCAGACCCUACUCUGCUGGGUAGCAGGCUGCUUUACCCACCAAGCCUCCAAAAAGGGGGUUGUCAGGCGCCUCUUCCCGGCCCAGUGUGGGAUGUGAGCUGCUUGUAAAGCUCCCAGUGCAGCCACACCCGCAACUAACCCUGGCCAGGUGUCAGCCGUGGACAGGUGUCUGCCCUGGCCAGGUGUCUGCCGUGAACAGGUGUCUGCCCUGGACAGUGUCUGCCGUGGACAGGGGCUCUGCUGUUCUCCACAGCACCCUGUGUUUUUCUGGGUCUCCGCCUCCUCUGAGUGGGUGGGGACUGUCGGGUUGCCCAGAACUGCCCCGGUUCUCGCUUCGCAAUCAGCAGCAUCCCUCUCACUCUCAGAAGUGCCCCGUUUGGCGGUACGUUCCUCCGAUGAUGCCCUGUCCGUCGUCUUAGCGGAUAAGCAGCCCUGGAGAGCUCCUUUGAGGUGGUGGCUUCACGCGGCUGUGCCUGGAUCCCUGUCGAGCAGGAGGGCCCGAGGCUGAGGGGUCCGGCAGCCGAGCGUGAGGACCAGACCCAGCGAUGACCAGUUCCCCCGUCUCCAGAGUCGUCUACAACGGCAAGAGGAACAGCAGCCCCCGCUCUCCCCCCAACAGCAGCGAGAUCUUCACCCCGGCCCACGAGGAGAAUGUGCGCUUCAUUUACGAAGCCUGGCAGGGCGUGGAGCGGGACCUUCGCAGCCAGAUCUCCGGCAACGAGAGGGGCCUGGUGGAGGAGUAUGUGGAGAAGGUCCCUAACCCCAGCCUGAAGACCUUCAAGCCCAUCGACCUGAGCGACCUGAAGCGCCGCAGCUCGCAGGAUGCCAAGAAGUCGUAAAGCCCGCGGGGCCUGGCCUCUGGGAGACCCGUGCCGCCAGGGGGCGUCCGCUCUCCCCUGGGCCCAGCCCUGGGAGGGGGAGGGGAGCCGGGGCUGCGCUCCCUGUGGGCGGCAAACCCCAGGACCCAGACAGCGAGACUGAAGGCCAGCCUGCCCCCCAGCCCCUCCUUUCCUCUGGGCCGUCUCUGUCCCCGGAGGGUCACCCUCCAGCCCCGCGCACUCCCGGGCCUGCCCCCAGGAUCUUGACCCUGUCUCCUCCCUUCCUGUCUCCCCCACUGCCCCGGUCCCAACCCCUGGCCACCUCCAGGGCCUGGGGACUCGUCCAGGUUUGACUCUGAGGUGGCCAGAAGGCAAGACAAGGGCGGCCCCACCCACACCCAGCCUGGGUCCCCCACAUUGGACACAUGGGAGCAAAUAACCCCGACCCUGCACCCCUCACUGCCCAGCCUGGCCCCUUCCUCCAGGCCUGGGACCCCCGGUGCCUCGCAGGGUUCUGGCCCUGGUGUCUGUGCCCUGCGGCCAUAGCAGCCCCUCGGCAGGGGCAGGGCGCUGGGGUCCGGCCUGUGCUGUGCUGGGUCGCCAGGGCCCUUUUCCUGUGCUGAGCCGGGGACCGUGAAUAAAAGUGGCAAUGCUGGUGGUCUCUUG